UGGCUGCCUCGGCGGAUGGAAUCUUUUGAGAAGUUAGACAAAAUAGGACAAGGAACUUACAGCAGUGUAUAUAAGGCCCGAGAGCUAGAAACUGGCAAAAUUGUUGCCAUGAAGAAGGUUCGGUUUGUUAAUAUGGAUCCAGAAAGUGUCCGUUUUAUGGCUCGAGAAAUUAUUAUUUUACGGAAGCUUCACCAUCCAAAUGUUAUGAAGCUUGAGGGUCUAGUCACUUCAAAGAUGUCAUGCAGCUUGUAUCUUGUUUUUGAGUACAUGGAGCAUGACCUUGCUGGGCUAGCAGCAACUCCUGGCAUCAAGUUCACUGAACCACAGAUUAAAUGUUACAUGCAACAACUGUUUCGUGGCCUUGAACACUGCCAUAGCCGUGGUGUCCUGCACAGAGACAUCAAGGGCUCAAAUCUUCUAAUUGACAAUAAUGGAGUUCUUAAGAUUGCAGAUUUUGGUUUGGCUACAUUCUUUCGGGCUGAUCAAAAGCAGCCGCUAACAAGUCGUGUCGUAACUCUUUGGUACAGGGCACCUGAGCUUUUGCUUGGAGCCACUGAAUAUGGAGUUGCUAUAGAUUUGUGGAGUUCUGGUUGUAUCCUUGCUGAAUUAUUCGCUGGGAAGCCUAUUAUGCCCGGAAGAACAGAGGUGGAGCAAAUGCAUAAGAUCUUUAAACUCUGCGGUUCACCCUCUGAGGAGUACUGGCAGAAAACAAAACUUCCACAUGCAACUAGUUUCAAACCCCAACAACCUUACAAGCGCUGUAUUGCUGAGACUUUCAGAAACUUCCCUCAUUCUGCCUUGGCUCUUGUUGAUAAACUACUCGCAAUGGAACCCAAGGAUCGAGGAUCAGUUGGUUCAGUACUUAGAAGUGAGUUCUUCAGAACAGAGCCUUUCCCUUGUGAUCCAUCAAAUUUGCCAAAAUAUCCUCCAAGCAAAGAACUAGAUGCCAAGCAUCGUGACGAGGAAGCAAGAAGGAAAAGAGCAGAGGCUGUGAAGGGACGAGGACCUGAAUCUGUUAGAAGAGGUUCAAGAGAAUUUAAGGGAGUGCCAACACCAGAAUUCAUUUCUCAGGGACAGUCCAAAACAAGCACCAGUUAUAAAUAUGACCAUCUUGAGGAAGGUGCCUCUGGCUUCUUAAUUGAUCCACACAAGGUGACUUCGCAGACUGGUUUAUCUCAUUCCUCUUCAAUGAUCCACCCUACUGCAGCAGGACCAUGGAAUAAGGCAGGUUCUAUAAGAAAUAGUGGCGAGUUAAGAACACAUAAUACACGGAAUGUGCCCCUUGCAUAAACGAGUAAAGUUUUAUCUACCAUAUAUUCUUUGGCUGUGUUAUUGCAGGGUUAUGUACAAAGGAAAAACAGGAUCCACUGCUCUGGACCACUGAUGCCUCCUGGGGGAAACAUUGAUGAUAUACUGAAAGAGCACGAGAGACAAAUCCAGCAGGCCGUACGUAAAGCACGUCUUGAGAAGUGA